GUAUGCAAAAGUCUGAUUUAUUAUUGGAUAAAACCGUUGGUUUUAUUGGAGGAGGAAAUAUGGCUCAAGCAAUUGGUAUAGGACUUAUAAAAAAAAAUGCUUUGAAACCAAAUAAUAUAUGGGCAUCAAGUAAUACGGAGAAAACUUUAAGUGUCUGGAAAGAUUAUGGCAUGAACGCCACGCUCCACAAUUAUGAAGUUAUAGAACAUUGUGAUAUAAUUUUUUUGUCUGUAAAGCCACACAUUUUGAACGAAGCAUUACAAACUUGCAAAUCUCCUUCUGGUGUGUUUAAAGGAAAACUUUAUAUAUCUGUAAUUGUUGGAAUUUCAUUAAACGUUUUGGAAGAAAAACUAUCAAAAAUCGAUGAAAAUCCAAAAAUAGUAAGAUCUAUGCCGAAUACACCAAUGAUGGUUUCUGAGGGCAUAACUGUUUAUUGUUGUUCUAACGUUCCUGAAGCUGAGGAAAAAAUAGUAAAGACAUUAUUUUCGCUGUUGGGUAUGUGUGAAAAAAUUUCUGAAUCACUAAUAAAUAGUGCAGGUGGUCUUACAGGUUCUGGGCCGGCAUAUUUGUAUACCGUAAUUGAAGCGCUUGCGGAUGGUGUAGUUAAAAAAGGUGUACCUCGAGAAUUAGCUACAAAAUUUGCAGCUCAAGUGCUCGUCGGUGCAGGGAAAAUGGUCCUAAAAACAGAAAAGCAUCCAGGACAAUUGAAAGAUGAGGUGUGUUCUCCCAAUGGCUCUACUAUAGCUGGAAUAUCUGAAAUUGAACGUGGUGGUGUAAGGUCGAGUAUGAUAAAUGCCGUGGAAGCAGCUGUUAAUAAAUCAGAUGAAUUAGCAUUAUUGAGUAUUAAAGACUAAAAAUAAUUAUUAUUAGAAA